AUGGCUGAGGUUGCUGAGAAGAACUGGCGAAGACCGCCAUACCAGAAUGGGGUUCUUCCUUCUGUGCCUGUUGGAGCCACUGACUCGGUUAAGGCUGAAGAGUCGUCACCUGUUCAGCCUGUGAGAAGGAGGACUAGAUCUAAUUCGAGGAGUGCAGGAUCAACUUCUACAGAGCCUGUGGAAUCGUUUUCUCCAGAGUCCAUUAAGGACUCUUCAGAGGCAAUUAAGGAACAGUUGCGCCCUUUAACAUCACAUAAAUCGAGGGACAAGUAUACUCACAUUUUGAUUUUGAAAUCUUUGAAUGGGACUUUUGAAACCAAGUUUCUUGUGAUUCCUUUCAAACCUGAUGUUUUGAAGCUGGGGAGACCUGUGGUUAAUAGUACAAACAACAAGGCUCCAGAAUAUUCAGGGAACUAUCAACAGCCUAAUGCUCCUCAGGUUAGAUCUGACAAUGGUAACUUUAAUUCAAGAGUGCUAUCACGGAACCAUGCAGCAUUAUGCUGCGAUGGCUCAAAUGGGAAGAUUUAUAUACAUGAUUUAAAGUCAAGUAACGGUACAUUCAUCAAUGGUACAAGAAUUGGCCAGUCGGAUGUAGAGUUAAAAGUUGGCGAUGUAAUAGAUUUAGGGACAGAUAUAGACUCAAAAUUAGAACAUAGAAGAAUCAGCGCUUUGGUUGAAGAUAUAUCCGUAAUUCCAUUAAUUAAUGAAACCGUUGACUUGUUGGGCAACCAUACCUUAUUUAAGAGCAGCGGGCCUGAUCAAAACAACAAUUUAAAUAACGGAAGUAACAGCAGUAGCAUUAAUAAUUCCAUGGAUGAAAGUUCCUCUUCAUUCUACAAGAGACAAAACAAUUUAUUUGGAGGGAAGGAUAAGAAUUCUUCCUCCGUUCCAACUUUAUCAGCACAGAGAGCUGCUUUUGAAGCUGCUAUGUUUGGUGACGUUAACAAUGUAGAUUUAGAGGACAAUAUACUUGGUUCUGAGACAGAAAUUUUAAGUGGUAUAUUCAUGAAUAAUUCAUUGGGGACAAGUCCAAAUUUAAUAAACGUGAUGAAAAUGUUAGCAAGUGAAAUUGCCCUCGAGAGAGGGGAAAAUGAGAAGUUAAAGUCGAUGGAAAAUUUUUUGGUCAACUAUACAGCAAAUUUAGGUGAUAUUGAUAGAAAGCUUUCAGACAAAAAUGAUAAACAAUUGCAUACUUUACAGACUGCUCUCCUUAGAAGGUUAACUGAUAAGAAUAAUAAAGUAAUUAAUGAACAAAAACAUCUACUAGAGCAAAUGGAAAACGACAAUGUUAAAAUGGCAAGAUCUUUAUCUAAGAAGGAGAAAGAACAGGAAGACAAAGUACAGAAGCUUGACUCAGAAUUGCAGAAUCUGAAACAAAAGUUAUAUGAGGAGAGAAGUCAAAAUGAGUCGUAUAGAAGAAAAAUCCUCACUCGUGAUAAAGACUAUAAAUCAUCAAGUUAUUCUGACGUAAAAUCAUCUUCUAAAGACAAUAACAGGAGAGCAAGGUAUGGCGCUUCAAAUACUAGUAAUGACAGUUGGAACUGGAAAACAAAUUCCAUGCUAAUAGCUAGUGCAGUAUUUGUGGGACUAGUUGCAUAUGCAUUGAAUUUAUCAACACAAUCUAUACAAUAA